CUUUAGUUUUAAAAAUUUUUUUCAGAACCAUCCUACCCAUCGAUGGGAACUUCCUCCCAUUGCUGAGUGUUUGUCACUUUUGUUUAAAAAUAUUUUAACGGAUUUCCAGUGACCACCUUCCCAUCGAUGGGAGACUCCAAACAUCGCUGGGAAGGCAGCCUUGAAUCUUUCUUCUCUUUCGAGUAGGCACCUUCUCAUCGAUGGGUAAAUCUAUACAUUGCUCGGAAGGUAGCCAUCUUUUCUUCCUCGCUUUCCAGUAGUGACCUUCCCAUCGAUGGGUAGAUUCUACCAUCGCUGGGAAGGCGGUUGCAUUUCAAAAAUUCAAAGCCGUUGGGCACCACAUUAAUUGCCCAACAGCUAUAUUUUUGAAUCCAAACGGCCUAAUCUCCCAUUCCCUAUGUAUAUCCCUCAUAUUUGCUCAUUCUAAUACACCAUUAACAUCAUAAUUUCAUUCCUUGAUCCAAAUCUCAAUAUUUCAUCUCCUUUUUUCUUCAAAAACGCCACAACUAUGGCCGGAGGAAGAUCAAAGUCAAAGGCAUCCAAGAAGAAAGACCCUACCGAGGCCACAACCUCUGCGCCUCAACCCUUUCCGUACCUGGAUGGAUCCUUCCUCGAAUUUGGCUCGGAGGAAGAACUUACUCGCUUCCUCAAUCACUUUGCCAAACGCCCGAUCUCUCCGCCUCGCGUGCUACCGGAGCUGUACCCCCAAGACAAAGGGUACCACGACCUCGACAAUCAACUCAAAGAGUCAGGUUUGUGGCCCUUCGUCUCCACAAGCCGCACCUCCUACAAUCCUGCCUAUGUCCAGGCCUUCUACUCAAAUCUGCGCCUUGACGGGGACACCAUCUACAGCAGCAUCAAUCUCUACGACAUAGAGAUUGACUUGCCGACAUUUGCACGGAUCGCAGGGCUGCCCAUCCGCGGUGACGACAUCGCGACAUACGGUGGCGACGAUUGGAUCCUCAACAACGAGGCGGUCGUCAUUCGCGAGCUUGGGAUCACCAACUUGAUCCACCACAGCGGCGCGCCGACAAUCCACUCGGCCCCACCGGACAAACGCCUCCUUCUCUACCUCAUCACCCGAAUUCUUCGCCCCCGGGACAGCAGCCACACCUCGCUCUUCAAUGAGGACUUGAAGGCGAUUCAUGCAAUCAUCCACGGUGCCUCCAUCAAUUGGGCAAAAUUUGUCAUGAUACACAUGGCGGAUUGCGCCUCACUCGCCACCGAGCGGAGCUUGCCGUACGCCUUCCUCAUCAUGGACAUCAUCGUCUCCGCCAAUAUCCACAUCGCCGGGCCAGACACGAAGAUGACGAAGCUUUGGAUGAUCGCCGACAGCACCUUCUGGAAGAAGUCCGGAAACAGAGACGGCGCAGGCCCAAGUCGUGCACCAGCCCCCGCUCCCGCCAAGGCCUCUUUGCAAUCCAUAGCCGAUACCCUGAAUCGGCUAACCCUCACAGUGGAUGGCAUGGGGCAGUCAAUCGAGCGGAUGGACUAGACGUUGCAACGCCAACACCACGACAUGAUGGCAUACUUCCGUGGCGUCAACUACGUUCCGCCACCUUUCGACAUCACCAUUCUUGGCCAAAACUUUGAAGUCGAGGAUGAGGACGACGACUCCUACGCUU